AAAAUGUAUGUUUGCGAGAUUUUUGGACUAAAUCGUAAUACACGAAUGCACACACGUAGAAUGUCAUGCGAAUUUCUAGUAGCAAACUUGACUAAAAGUUUGUCUUCGUGAUUGAAACGUUUUGAAUAGGAGCCAAUUGCCACAUGCGCAAUAGUAUUACGUUUCUGUGUCACGAUUGGAUGUUGCCAUGGUAACCGAUGUAAACUUUCGUUCGCCAUUUUAUCCGGCUUUAGAUGUAACAAAGGUUAGACAAGUACGUAUCUAAACGAGUAAUUAUGAUAAAAAUAUUGUCUCUGCGUGAAUUUGAUUGCCCUUCUGCCGAUGACUUGGCUACUGUUGCACUUAUAGAGGACGUUUUACAUUACUGUGAUUGUGAUAACCUGACCAAUGAAUUACGACCUUUUGCCAAAUAUCUGCGAGACUAUCCAGAAGUUUCUAUUACUUCUGAUAUUCUUGCUACACGCGAAACGGCACGCACAGCUUGUGCCGGUGAUUUGUUUUUACCAGUUUACGAUAGCAUCUUUAGAAGGCUGGCUAGCGUAUGCAGAGAGAAAGGAUUAAUCGAUGCUGUUUGUCUGGCUGCGUCCGCAGAACCGCAAGAAAUUACACCAAUCUUGCAUUUGAUAGCUACAAGGCUCAAGUGGAUGUUAGAUUUAGUAGACAAAGGAAUAUAUCAGAAAGAAACUUUACCUACUUCUGGAUCUGGAUCAGUUGCGGACGUUGUUCACACAAGGGACUGGGAAACAUCUUUGGCCAGGUGUAUCUCAUGGCAUCCACACUGCGCGCGACUAGCAGUGGUUACAUGGGACGAUCGUAUACGUAUAUUUACUCAUGGAGCACCGAUAAUACCGAUUUUAAGACACGGCGCUCAAAAGUCUGUUUGUUGUAUAAAUUGGAGACCAUUCGCUGGCAAAGAACUGGCAGUAGCGUGUCACACAGGUGUCUUAGUUUGGACGAUAGAAUUAGGGGCAGCCAGUAAUAUUCUCAGUCACGCGGUGUUGCUAAAACAAAGAAAUCAUGCUCCUGUAACAAGCGUUAGAUGGCAUCCGCAGGGUGAUCUAUUGGUAUCUUGUUCUCCAGCUGAUACACGUAUGAUUAUCUGGGAUACUUCUAAAAAAGAAGGUGUUCCAUUGAGACGAGUCGGAGGUGACGGCCUAUGUUUCGCUCGUUGGUCGUCUUGCGGUUCUCAUUUGUUUUCAGCCUCGUGUAGAAAUAUAUUUAGAAUUUGGAACACAGGAGUAGCAACGUUAUGGCACGCAGAUAAAUGGACAGUGCCUAAUGGUCGUGUGGCUGUUGCGUGUUUCGGUCCUAAUUUGACUCUAUUGUUUGCAUCGAACGAAGACCCUGCCACAAUCUUUUCUUUACCUCUGCAAGAAAAUAUUUUCGAUGUUAAGAAGCCUUCUCUCGACGACGUCAAACUGGCCGUGCCUCUGAUGGAUUUAACAAGAGUUAACUUUUCGUUGGAUGACAGUGGCAGUUACGUUACUGUCGGUGGAAGAAUAACUGCAAUGGAGUGGGACCCUACAGGAAGAUAUCUUGCUAUCCUCUUCCAGGACAGCCCAUACAUCGCAUUGAUUAAAACCAAACUAGGAAAUCUGUCACGUGUGAUUGACGUUAAACCGAGUUGUCUUAUAAAGGGAUUUCCGGGCGAAGUUCCUAAUUGCAUGGACUUUUAUCAAAAGUGUCAAAAAGGAUCGGGCAAUGUAAUUUGUUUAACAAUUGUAUGGAGUAGUGGUCGUAUCCAACACUUUCCAAUAAUCGAGAAGAAAAUUGCUCCUGUUACGAAUACGAGUACUUCAGUUUCAUCGCACUCGUUGUUAAGGCACGAUACAUACAAUUUCGAUUUGACUGCCAUUUACUGAUUAUAUCGAUUGUUAUCUUGUCGAGCAAGAGCUACGAAAAUUCUAUCUUUAGUUUUUUUUUUUAUCUGUUAAUUUUUAUACAAGGGUCCAAAUAUUUUUGUUAAACGGAGUAUGAAAGAGCAACAAAUCGUUCGUUCGUAUAGA